AUGAAAACAUUAACAUCGGGCGGCCAGGCUCUGACAGGGGUGCCGUGCCGCUUUCCAGAGCCCCGAGAGCCGCAGGCUGUGGCCUGUCACGCCAUCCGCCCCUCAAAGCGGCCGCCCCUGGGUGCUGCCCCGCCGUCCCCCGGAAGGCAGUCAGGCAGCAGAGAGGAGAGACCUUCGCGGGCCUGGUGGAAGGGGGGGAAGGCGGGGCGGUGCGUUAGCGGCCGCGUCCCUGCGGUCGCCGGCAGCCGCUGGGGUCGGCUCUGUGGUAAAACCCCUCCCGCGGUGCCUGCGGGGUGCUGGGGGCCGGGGUGCGGUCUCGGGGUGUCACGGUGCUGCUUUCUGUUUGCUUCUAGAAAGAGCAUAAAAGAGAAAGCGCGGUUGCGCUUGAGGGAGUUCGAUGUCGGAGACAAGUUCUCCCGCUUGCCGCUGCCCAAAGCCUCCCUCCUCCUGCCGCUGCUGGUGCGGGGGGGCAGGCUGCACCUCCUGCUCACCGUCAGGGCCAUGCAGCUGAGAAGAUCACCAGGGGAAGUGUGUUUUCCAGGAGGUAAAAGUGAAGCAACUGAUAAAGAUGAAAUUGAUACUGCUCUCCGAGAAGCUAAAGAAGAGGUGGGGCUCCAGCCAGAGAAGGUGGAAGUCAUCUGUAGGCUUGUGCCUGGAAUUGAUAAAAUGAAUCACUUGGUAACACCAGUUGUAGGAUUUAUAGAGGAUACGUUCCAGGCCAUUCCUAAUCCAGAUGAAGUGAGCGAUGUUUUUGUUGUGCCAUUGGACUACUUUAUCAAACCCUUAAAUUACAAGACCUUGCCUUUUAAAACCUCAUCUGGUUACUUAAGUUGGGUGCACUGCUUUAUAUAUCAUGACCAUGAACGUAAAACAUCAUUCAAGAUAUGGGGACUUACUGCACACUUUGCUGUAUUUCUUGCUCUUGUAAUUUUUGGGAAGAGACCUACCUAUGAAGUUGUUUAUGAUCUUGACAACUUAAUUUCAUCCUCUGAGAAUAACUUCAUGAACUUAUAUGCAUCCUUAUAUGAAAGAAAGAAGAGUAAUCUAUGACAAACUGGUCUGGCAAUUAAUUUAUAUUGAAGGAGGAAAAAAGGUUUCUGUUUAUUCCCUUUGUACUACCAUUUGGUGGAAUUUCACACUUGAAUUUCUUCUGAAUUGGGAACCU